AUGUACCGAUCUGCGCGUUGUUUUCGGUUCGAGUUAUUUCAUCCCGUUCGCAUCGCCGCAUUGCUGCCCGCCACUCCUUCCCCUGAAGACGCGCCAAGCGGCGGAUGGAUGGGCGCGGGGGAUCUCCGCGUUCCGGUCGGCGCGGGUUCCCCUGUGGGGGGUCGCGCUGGUGGGCUGAGCGGGACUGGAAGCGCGGGAGGAUCGGGUGGGGAGCAGGUAGAGGGUUUGGACGCGCAGGAAGCGGGGGGGAAGUCGUCUCGGCCACGGACGGUCGCAGAGAGGAAGCGAAGAAACGGAAUUAGCUUGAAGUUGGAGCAGCUGAAGAAGGCGAUACCCCAGUGUAACACAAGGGUGACGACGGAGGCCCUUCUUUGUGAGACUUUGACUUACAUCCAAGCACUCAAGGCCAAGGUUGAGUUCGGUUUAGGAUUCGCCCACUGUGGUAUCGUUACAAUGGCGGCCUCCAGCUGUUGCGAUGACCUCUCCCAUCUGCAAAUCGCUAUGGCGGCAUUUGUGGGAACAGCUGCCGUUGCGGCUCCAGUGCAGGUCCCUACAGUGAAGCAACUAUCCGCAGGGUCCAGUAGCAGCAGGAGCAGCAGUGUUUCGGCUCGCGCUGCCGUGCAUAAGAAGCUUAGCUCCGAGCUUUUGGGAACGCAGCUUUCCGCUACGUCAUGCGUGCAAGCAGCUUCGCAGAAUGUUCGCGCGCGGUCGCUGGAGGUCCGAGCAGUGGCGACGGAAGCACCGACGAAGAUGUCGAAAAUCGUGAAGUGGGAUCAGGGAAAGAGACUGCAGACCCAGACGACAACCAUCGCUGCGGAUACGACCACCAUUCGCUCUCUCGACUGGGACCGCGACCGUUUCGACAUCGAAUUCGGUCUUCUCAAGGGCACCACCUACAACUCCUACAUCAUCCGCGGCCCCGACAAGGUCGCUUUAAUCGACGCGUCGCACGAGAAGUUCCGCGAGCUCUACCUCUCCGCGCUUAAAGCCGAAAUCGACAUUAAAGACAUCGACUACGUCAUCGCGAACCACACAGAACCGGACCACAGCGGACUGAUCCGAGACCUAAUCGAAUUAAACCCCAACAUAACCGUCGUCGGGUCGAAAGUGUGUAUUCAGUUCCUGCAGAAUCUAGUCUUAAAGCCGUUUAAGAGUCUCGUGGCGCAGCCGGGAAAGACGCUGGACCUGGGCGGAGGCCACGAGCUGGAUUUCAUCAUGGCGCCGAACCUGCACUGGCCGGACACCAUGUUCACGUUCGAUAAAGGCACGGGCGUCAUGUUCACGUGCGACGCGUUCGGUAGCCACUACUGCUCCGAGAAGGUGUACGACGAGGAUUUGAGCGAGCUGGAGCCGCACUACCCGCUUCUACUAUGA